GCAUGCAAUUAUUAUCCCUAGCAUUUCUCGUCUAUUUUCGUGUGUUUGUGCUUCUGUUUUCUCGGCGCUCUCCCUUUCGCCUCUCUUUUCUCCUUGACUCAUUCAUUACUCCUGAUAUCAUCCGUGAAGGCCUACCUACCUAUGUCGUGACCCAAUGGGCGGUGAUUGUUAUCUCGUCCAUACCCGUCGUGAACAACUCAAUUGGACACUCCUUGUCUCCUGCAGAAAAGAAAGGCAUCCCCCGCUUCGAAUCGUCAAGCCACUUCAUCUAUCCAACACUCACUCGACCCCACCGCCUCGUGUCUCUCAUCAUCGAAACUGUUUGUUUACUUUUGGAUGUGGUCGCCUCGACAUUGAGAUUGGACCCCAAAUUAGCCAGAAACCACUAGUGUUUUAGUGAUCACCGCACUGGAGCAUUGGCAUUACAGGGCGUCGCCCACUGAAGUCCCUUUAACCUUUCCCGUUACCGCCUCCACCCACAGCCAAUGAGAGCUCGCCGCUCCGUCCCGUUACCACUCAUCUCAGCCUGAGCCAGCAAGUAGAGGCUCUCCCGACAACCCAACUCGUGGACAGAAUGCGCACUCUAAACACCAUCAACUCGUCAUCUUCUCGUCCUACAUCUCCUGGCCUUUCAGUCUCUCAGCCUCAUAUCCGCCGCUCCGCUUCCUCCGCCGGAAACAACAAAUUAGUCACCUCUUCUAAACCUCUCCCCAAGACCCGAUCCAAGACCCCUACUCCGGGUCAGGCACAAGUCCAGACUAAGGCUCAGGCUCGUCCCCGAUUCUCUUCUGCUGGCACCACUAUCUCCUCCAACGCUCGCACAACGCCGUCCCUUGGCUUUCACGACACAAAACAACAACAUGUUCUUUCAGUAACCGCUACAAUUCCCUCGACCCGUUCUACCUCGUCGAGUUCCGCUCCUCCUACCUUAAAAAUGGCCCCGAGCCCAAGCGACACAAGGCACAGGCCCCCGCAGCUCAGUGCUGCAGCAGCAAAAACAGUCGGACGAACGCCUCUGACGCCCAAGAUUGCCUCGACAGCAAAAGGCCCAUUAUUAGGCGCACCUCCUUUGGUUCGACGAUCAACUCAGGGGUUGAGCUCAUCCACGACUGGGCGCGACGAUGCUGUGACCCCCCGUUCUGGCAGUCGACAAGGCCGCAACAAUAGCAAUAGUUCGACACCCAAUGGAACACCAAAUUUAGAUCGAGAUGGGUGGGAUCCUCGAGCGUCUUUUGGCUCCUCAGGAAGGCAAUCACUGUCACGAGCUGAGUCUCCUGCAGACCCGGACGCCAAAUUCUUUCGUGCCAGCGACGCUCCAACUUUAACACAAGCAGCCGGUCGUCCCUCGUUAGGCUCACAAAAGCCUGCAUCCUACUUCCAUGCCAGUAAAGCCAAUGCUGAAUAUAAAAAGCCGACCAGUCCUCCCGUCUCUGCACCAUUUACACCAGCACUCAGUACCGCACCCGAACCUUCAUCAUCAAAGUUCUUUUAUGCCAAUGGCGCGGACCUGGAGCUUAAGCCCUCUUCAGCGAAUUCAUCCACGAUAAGGCUCCAGGCUAAACGCCCAAGCACCAGCAGUUCAUCAAACGAACAAUCAAAUCACGCACUACCUCCAAGGCCACAUUCUCCUAUCAAGAUCGCUCAACCUACACCUUCUAUACUUAAAAAUACUGGUGCGCCUGGUCUCGGGAACAGACCGCAAGUAGCGUCACCGCCUCAGAUAGCUUCUCCACUAGCACCCCCGGCGUCUAUCACCUCUUCCAAGAGACGAGUCAGCAUUGAUGCAGCACCAAAAAAGCAGAGAGGCCAUGCAAGAGCUGGCAGUGUUCCCAAUUUUGAUCACUCUCACUCACCUAGGUUGCCUAUGUCACCGGCCCGACGACCCUUUGAAUAUGGCUCACCCCCUUCAAGCCCUGGCUCAGCUCAGCCAGCUUUGACAAUGGCUUCGAUUCUUCAAGUCGCCGAAGAUCUCGACGAUGAGGAGGAAGAGGAAGAAGGAGAAACGAAGAAAGAAGACGGAUCCCAGCCCGACCUGCAGAGUCCUACCAAGUCCAGCCAUGAGCCUGUGAACGAACUGGUCGCCAAUGCUCGCAGAGAACGAAAGGUGCAGGAUCUGGAAAUCACCAACGCCUCCCUUGAGGCCAUCAAUCGGACACUGGAAAGGCAACUACGGAAACAGCAGGCUGAGAUACGCAGGUAUCGACGACUUUCAAGAUCAGGCCGUCUCUCUGCUGUUGCUUCAGCGGCUUCUAGUCGAGUGACCUCUGCAGCACUCACAGAUGCACCAAUUAGUCUUUCAGACCUGAGCGAGGAGGACAACUCGGAACCUCCCUCAGACGAGGAACACGACUCACUUGACGAAUCAGAUUUGUCGAUGACUGACUCAGUCUCGGCCUCUGACCCCCUUGAUCCCACUGACGAGAAAGCGAUCGAAAAGACCAUGUCCCGGCGGAAGCGAGAUGAAGAUCGUCUGCAGCUCGAUUUGACCAAGCACCGGGAGUUGCUGGUCGAUAGUCAGAAGAUCAACCAAAGUAUCAAACGAUGCCUGAACUGGACUGAGGUUCUUAUCAAAGAGGGCCAAAAGGCACUCGAGUACAAGGUCCGUGUCACCGAUGUUGAAUUUGGCGGCCAUAUACUCGCUCCUGCGAUCGGGGACGAAGACGAAGAUGAAGACGAUACGUUGGCUAGCGUUGACGAUCUCGAAACUGAUCCUGGAAGUGCGGCACUCGAGGCUCCUCCGCCUUGGGAGAAGGGCUCCCAGGAUCGUGAUAGUGGCAUCGAAUUGCAACCAGACAGCCACUAAUCUCAGUUAUCGUAAGGUGACACACUUUCUCAAUAAUCGACACAUCUCAAAGGCGACCAGGACGUCGUAACACAUACAACUCACCAUACCAAAAUUUUCAUCUCCUUCUUUUCGUCUUUACACACCAGGCAAGCCUCGGGGCAUCACAACAAAAUACCAUCAUCAGAUCUACGAAGUCAAUGGAAAUAGUAUGAAUGCAUACAAGGCGUUGGGCAAGCAAGCGAUCAUCUUUGUGUCCCUUUUGUUUCUUUCGACAGCGUUUUGCUUCCCAGCGGCUACGAUGCACCAUCGAUUCCACCUCUCAAACGAUCUUCUCUCUCCCACAGGGAGCACCACCAAUACUCAGCCUGGACAAUCGUUACACACACAUACGCUCUUCGGAGAUUUGGGCCUUUUUGGUUUUUCAUUUGUCGCCAAGAUUUGUGCUUUUUCUUUUUCGUUUGCUUUUGGAUAUAUACUAUGUACAACAGAUACCCCGGAAGAAGUUUCCACGCCAACCUGGCGAGUCAACAAGAUGGAAUCAUUGGAGGAAAUUGCAGAAAAGAGAACCUGACCCUGGAAUUGCUUCUCAAGCUUCCCGCGGCAUGGUUGCCUCAAGUUCCAAGAACGGAUGCGAUAGGGAAAAUUAGAUAGUUACCAAAAAUAGGAAAUGGAUAUAGGAUGUCAGGAGUUGAAACUCCAAACUUCAACUCAACUUCAUGAUCUUUGCCUCUAUUGUCUGAUCCGCGCACUUAGAUAAUCAACGUUAUGAGAAGUACCAAACAAACGCCGU